AUGAGAGCAGAUCAAGUGGUUUUUCAAUUUUCAGAUAAUGAUCACGCAGUUAAAAACUCAGUAGAGAGUUGCAAAGAUGACUCGAAGCCUCAUAAAUGCCCUGAAGUGAAGUGGGAGGAUGCAGAGAACAAUAGCAAUGCGUGUGAGGUAUUCUAUGAUACUAGAAGCGACGACGAAUGGGAUAAAGAGGACGAUGAAAACCAUUCCUGUGGAUAUUCUAAUGAGACUCAAAAGCAACUCCUAGAUAACAGUCAUGAUAUUGUUGCUAAAAUGAAUUCUCUUGAGAAAGUUGAUCCAGUGUUUUAUAUGGACAAAAACGUUACGGCAUGUGACUUGCCUGAGAUUGUAGUUUGCUACAAUGAAAAAACUUAUCAUGUGGUGAAGGAUAUAUGUGUCGAUGAUUCGGUGAGGUGUAACUCAGACUCAAACUCAAACCAGUGUUCACCAAAUCCUUUAAAAACAAAGUCCUUGAAAGACAGAAACUGUAAGCUUGAGGAUUCUGAGCUUCGUAAUGAUCCUGAGGCAAACCAAGAUGUUGAAGAAACUUCAAGAGAUGAAGUGGCUACAUCGGAGAAUGUCUUGAAAGAAUCUUUAACUUUGGAAGAUGAACAAAAACCACUUAAUAACAGCAACAAGAGUAAUAAACGUGAAGAACAAUCUCUACUUCAGCUACAGGUAAUUUACAUAUCAUCAAUCUAAUACCAUCAAACAAAAGUUUUGGUUUUUCAACUAUAUACUUGUGUGACUGCAGGAGAAGGGGACAAGAAGCUUAGGCACCCCAGCUCUCAACACAGAGCUUGAAGAAACAGUGGAUCAAGAAAAAGCACAGGAGAAGUUUUCCUCUGUUUCUACAAAAACCUCUCAAGGCCUAUUUGGAGAGACGAGUUUCUCAGCAGCAGAGCCAGUUUCAGGUCAUAUAACAUACUCAGGACAAAUUGUAUUCUCUGGAAGCCUAUCAGUUCGUUCUGAUGCAAGCACAACGAGUGGAAGAUCAUUUGCUUUUCCAGUGUAUUGUUUUUGGCUCAUCUUAGCACUUUGUGAGACACAAAAAGAGAGACAUAUCUGAGUUUUUUGUUAUUUUAUUUGCAGUUUGCAGUCAGAAUGGAACAGUAGUAGUCCUGUAAGAAUGGCGAAAGCGAACAAGAAAAGACAAAAAGGAUGGAGAGACAUUCUUAUGUGUUGUAGAUUCUCUUGAUCAAGAAAAGCUUUUCACUUUGAAGCACAGAGGAAGAAAGUUUUAUAAAAUUUUAUACUAUUAUUUUUCUUUUUUUUGGUGAUUUAUAGUGCAGUGGUGUGUGUAAUUUUGGGUUAACAGUUAGAAAUUUUUCAUUCAAAUGCAUCAUGUAUGUACAUGCUUUUGGUUUAGCUUUGGUGAUUAUUAAAAAAAAAGGUUAUAUUACAGUCAGUUUUGAAGUUUAUCAUUUUUUUUUGGUUAGAGUUUCCACGUUUCCACAUUUCAGUGGCCUUUGUCAAGCGUAUCAGCGACUUGGGUCAAUCUAUUUUCCAUGCUACCAAGGUAAGUGUCUCGAUUCUAUUUGUGUUACAAAAAAAAAGGUAAGUGUUGUUGUGAACGAAGGGUUUUUAGACUGAAUAUUUCGUGUGUCUCUGUAUUAUUAUUAUUCAAUCAAAGUGUUCCCUUAUAUAGGGGUUACAAGGAAUAGGAAAAAAGAAAUUAUCCAAAACCUAA